UCGAAAUAUGGAAAAAAUUCGGUAUGUCAUUUCAGAAAAUGUACGAUUUUAUACCUAUGUUAGAACAAUGCUACAUAUCAAAGUUUCGAGACAUGGAAAAAGUAAGUUUAAUUUCGUGAUUCGGCAAACGUAGAACUUGAAAUAUAGAAUAGUAUGCCCCCUUUUUUUACGAAAGGUGCACUUACUUGGCAAUUCCUCUCCAAACAAGUUGAGGCUAAUGCAUAAAAUGUUUCUAAAUUUUAUGUUGCUACUCCAUAAAAAGGAACCCAAUUCACAUGUGAUAUUAAUAUUGAUGAUAUUUUUAAUGUUUUUGAAUUUGUUAUAUGAUUAAAGCUAAUGUAUGCAAUUUUUUUCAGAAACUGUAAAGUCAUUAACUGAGAACUCGCCAGCAUAUCUUCUUGACCUGCACAGCAAUCUUGGACAGACUCCCUUGGACGAAGCUUGUAGAUAUUGUUGUCCAGAAGUUAUUCAAUACCUCUUGCAAAAAGGCAGUAGUGUGGUUGUUCAUGAAGACCUGCGAUAUGUUCCUCUAUUAAAUGCUGCAUUUAACGUUGCAGAAAACGCAACACCAAUUGCAUCUCUUCUUUUAGACGCCGGUGCAAACAUCAACCAUACCCACAUUUUUGGGAAAACUGCACUGAUAGCUGCUAUAGAAAUGUCUGCUUCCGAAGAAAAUUCAAAUACAGGACAAAAUUGUUCAUACAGAAAUUUAUGUAUGCUGUUGAUAGACCGUGGAUGUGAUGUUAAUGCUGCUGUUUCCGACGGUCGAACAGCUCUCCACAAAUUACUGAUUUCUGGGAAUGACAUAGACAAACAUGAUGUAGAGGGUUUUACUCCAAUGUUCUAUGCGUGUAUAUAUGGUAGACCGAAGAUUGGUUGAUUUACUCAUAAUUUGCGGUGCUAAUUUAAGGGCCCAAAAUUGGGAAACAGUCAUCGAGCUGUUGAGAAGUUCGCAGCUACUCAAUGAGCAAAAUCUUGAGUUGUUUAAUUACGUUAUUUAUGCAUCGAAGCAGUGUCUUACGAUGGAAAACCUGUGCAAUAUAAAAAUUAGAAUACACGUAAGACAUGUGGAGAAAGAUACUAUUCAACUCAGAUUACACUCGUUACUGCUUAAACGACUACAACUUAAAGACUGAUGGGAAAAUGUAUUGUGAUUUUUUGGAUUAUGCAUAAAGUGUUAGAAAAGAGGACUCGUUACCUCAGUUCUAAUUAUGUGUAAAUUUUAUGUACAAAUUAUUAAGAUGAAAUAUUUAAUAAAAGGA